AUGGCGAUACCUAAGCUGGACUUGGAUUUGUUUGAGGGAAACAUCCUCGAUUCGUGCUGGAGAGUCGGAGGCCGAGCCCGCAAGUCCCACUCUGCCUUUGCAAUCGAUCGGAACGAGAUCGAAGGGGUCGAUAUAGUGGCUUGUUGCAAUCAAAUCAUUGAUUUAAUAGAGGAACCUUGUUUGGAAGCCGGGAACAAGCGAAAUGUCAGUUUUAAGGACAUUUCGCGUUUGGCCUACGGAGCCACCGAUAUUUAUAGAUGCCAGGUGGACAUACUUUUGGGGGACACCAAACUUUUGAUGGAGCAAAUGAAACGUACCAACUUGGAUUUCGUUCUCACUACCACAAAAUCUGUAGUCGUCAAGGAGUCGGAGAAUCGAGUCCAACGCAAACGGAAGCGUGUGAUCACCAAGAAAUCCAAGAUCACCGUCUCCAAACGUCCAAGAUUGGAGGAGCCGGAACUUCUAAACCAAUCUGCUCAUAAGUAUUUUAGAAAAAUACUUUUUGAAUGUCAGAUGUGGCAAUCGGAGUGCACACAACAGGUGCAGGUGGUCAAGGACUUAGACGAGUCGGUUGAACCACUCAGAAGUUGUACGCAAUCGAACUCAUAUCAAGCAUUUACCUUUACCGAAGAGAUUCAAAUUCACCAAGAUCAGAGCAAUAUUAUACCAACUGAUGGUUUUGGCGAUGGCGAUAAUUUGGACCUAACCAUUUUUCACGAACUUUUCCCCAAAGACGCCGAAAGGGAGUCCUUAAAGCGUCGCUCUGUAACCCAGGAUCCAGCUGACAUUUUACCCGAUAAAAUGCCGAGACUGGACGAAUUGGACAUUUUCCAGGCUGACAAUGCUAUUAUGACCCAAAUCUUUCCAAAUAACAUUGAGCCAGCUGAAAUAACUCAAAUAUGCUGUGAACCUUUAAUUUCAUCAUUGGUUGAGCCUAUUUCAGAAAUAACUUUUAGUCGGCCAAAAAAUUCUCGUAAGAGAAAGCUGAUAGUAGACAAGCGCAUUGAAUACACUCAAGAGGAACUUAUAAAGCAUAGGCGCAAAUAUAUGGAUGAUCAUGUCUCGAAAGUGGUUCUAGUAAGAAAACCAUCCGAACUACGAAAAACCCCAAAUGAACUUCUAUGUAAACUGAAUAACAAUGUAAUUUUUCCAGAUUUUAAAAAUUACACCGUCGUUAAAUCAAGUGAAGAAGAAAUGCAAUUCGAGGCUGAAAAUACCUUGAGAACCAUUUUUGGAAGCGAAUUUACGGACACCCUCUCAAAGGAGAUUUUUGUUAAGCCAGCUAAAAAGAGAAAUUCAAGAAAUAAAGAGGAAUAUCUUAAUCAGCCAGUUCCCCUUGAAAUGGAAGACAUUUUAACACCGCCAGUGCCUCCCAUCGAUGUAAAUGAACCAAUCAAUAAUAACAAUUUGUACGCACAAAGUAUACACUUUGAAAAUAAUAAUACAGAUACCCACAGCGUAAUGAUGGAUCUCUUAAACAUCUGGCGUAAUAAUCCAGAAAUCACGGGAAUCAACGCCAAUGCUUUCAUUAAAUCCUUUCCAGAUCGCAUCAAGGCUUCUCUAGCCUUUCUUCAUUUGUUGUAUCUAGUUCGGGACAACUUUAUAGACAUCUCAAAGCUAGACAACUCCAUUGAAAUGGACGAAAUUACUCUAGGAAAAGAAUCGGCUAAGCUCAUAGAAAAUCUUCUGCAAAACGAGUAUUACUAA